AUGGAUAUCACACACGCCACAUUCCCGCAGGAGCUUAUCAAGAUCAUCCAGCACAUUGCUGACAGCCGUUUCAUAGCUUUCGACCUUGAGUUCUCUGGCGUGGCUGCCAGAAGACAGGGCGGAGGUAGUGGAAGGUUUACUCUACAAGAGUAUUAUCAUGACCUGAGAUCGGCUGCUCAAAUCUAUCAAAUCUUACAGAUAGGCUUGACCAUUGUCAAUGAGGAUACAAAGAAAGGUCGUUAUGUUGCUCGACCAUACAACUUUCACUUGAGUCCUCUGCCUGCAACCAGCGAGAACGUCUUCCGCAGAGUCUGGUCCUACAACAGUGGAGCAAUAUCAUUCCUCUUACGCCAUGGAUUCAACAUCGAACGACCUUUUUCGCAAGGUGUUCACUAUCUUUCACGACAAGAAGAACAUGAGGUACGCGAUAAGCUCAUAGCAGAUGAAAAGUCUAAGGCAAAUAUGCCAAAUAUGGUCCUCAAGGACGAGGAUUCCGUCUUGGUGGACCAUAUCAGACAGUCGAUCAGCCAGUGGCAGUCACUCCCAAAAAAAACGCAAGAAAACUACCUCAAUAUCCCUGCGGCCGAUGCUAAAGAUCCGGUACCGUCGACACUCAAUCGAUACCAGGUUCGGUUGACACACCAGACAGUUAGAAACGAAUGGCCCAAGUUCAAAACACAAGGCAUGGGUCAUUUUGUGCAGAUCACCAAUCCGACCGCCGACCAGCAGGAAAGCGAAAGAGCGCUCCGCGAGAAAAUGCGUGAACGCGACAUUGCCAACGCCGUUGGCUUUCGCUGGGUCAUCGAAGCCAUAUUGGGUGGGGACAUCUCAAGUCUACCGCAUUUUUAUGUCACGUCAGGCUUCCCGGAGGGACAGGCGCCAGACAACAUCCAGGCCUUUCUUGAUAAGCUGCAAGAGAGACUGAGGAAACGCAAAGGCGCACUUGUCGGACACAAUUGUCUGACCGACCUCAUCAAUCUCUACAGAUGCUUCAUCGGCGACCUCCCUGAAAAGGUUGAGGAUUUCAGUGCUAGACUGCACAGUUUGCUCCCAAUUAUCCUGGACACCAAGUAUCUUGCUGGUAUUGGGAGCAAGAAAUGGGUCGACACUUCACUGCAGGCAGUGGAGAACGAUAUGAGUCCUGUAGCACUCCCUCGAAUACACUUGCCGCCAGGGUAUGAUCGCUACCUGCAUGCUGCGAACUACCACGAGGCUGGCUUUGACAGUUUUGUGACCGCGAAGAUAGGCCUUAAGCUCCCCGGAAAGCUUAAGAGAGAAGGAAAGAGCCUCCCGGCACUUCCUCAAGGCCCAAUUGCAACCGUCGAGGAGGAAGGGAGCCCCGAGCUCCGAAGUAAUGAGCCAGAUGCAGCAGUCCAGAUUGAAAAGCCUGAUCAAGGCUUAACGAAAGGCGUGGUCGACGUGCUCAAGGCUCCUUUGGCGAUAGCAAGCUCGAUUCUGACAGGGAAUGAUCCCGACAAAACCAAUGACUCUAGUGCGAAAGAUUCUGGCGGGGCAGCUACUAUUGUAGCUUCAAAAGCGACGAGUUUGCCUCAGACCAGGCCAAUGUCUGAAACUAAGAAGGUUGCAUCCGCUUCUCAGAAGUCGAACAUUUUCGAUGUGCUCAGCGAUCUACCGGCAGACACAUCCAUGGAUGCGGAGGAGGCUGUGGCCCAGAAAGACGCCGCAGCACAUGGCAGAAUCGCCGAAAUGGUCGAAAAGGGCGAGCUUCUACCUGGCUGGAACGACAAUGCUGAAUUCUGGAGGCUGAUUAGCAAUCGACUCCAGGCAAAUGCGUGCGAGGAUGGCAUUCUAGACAUGCUGAAACUGCAAAAGACAUGACCUUGGCCGAGGUCGAUGAUACCACACUACAAGACUUAAUCUUCUGUACUACAUAGCAUAGCAAAAUACCCAGCAA